ACUAAGAUGUUAGGUAAAGGCAGGCUUGAUAAUCAUACCGGUUCAACCUGGUUCAACCGGUUUGGAACAAGUAUUUUUAUUUACGGAAAGACUAUGAGCAUGCGUAUCACGGGGGAACACCCUGAUACUUGGCAGGCAUUAUUAGAAAGUUGCUUCGCGAGCGUUUCUUAACUGACACAACUAUAUCUACAGUUCUUCCUCUCUAAGCGUCGUUGAAAGGCUGUGAAUAUACUCAGAGGUUAUAUAUGUUAGUCCUGUGAAUGGUACCUUUAUUUCUCAACAAUUCAAAGUCAUAAUUAUCGUUCUGGCCACCUGGGAGCCCUGAGAAACUACCAUUUUCAGAUGCAGCAAUGCCACCAGUACUAUCAACUCAAUCUCCAGAUGUUUCGUUGAGGCUGACACCAGRCAAAAUUCAUUACUUGAAACUGUGUUGUCUUUUGGUGAGUGGAGGAACAACCAUACUGAGAAAGUUACUUAAAAAUCGCAUAUUUCCACUAGAAUUGCCCGAAGUGCUCAAUAAGCCACGUGUAUUAGCAAGAUUACGUCAUUUGAGAAAAAGAGGAAUAAUAUCUGAUAAGGAGUGGCAGUUGCUUUACCCUCCUUCAGGCUCUUGUCAGCCCAAAUCCUUUGACAUCACCUUGCUUACCAAGAUUUUAAAAGAAAAAGACAUAUGCAGAYUUAGUCCACCGAAGACGGGGUGGAAUAACUUGCCAAAUCAAGCGGACUUAUCUUUAGAGGCCGACAUUGUAAGAAUCCAUUACUACAGAAAUUUUAUUUCUCACAUCAACGAGAGCAUGGAAAUUCGAAAGCCGGAGUUUCAUGAUUACUGGAGACAAAUAAAAGAUGCAUUGUUACGGAUUGUAGGGUACUAUUCACCAAGUGGGUCGCCCUUAGUGGAAGAAUGGGAAAAGGCCAUUGAUGAUCAACUGAUUCGUCCGUUAGAUGUUGAUGAAGAUCAGGAGGGUUCAAGCUUUUGUAACUAUUUACAACAAUUACCAACUCAAGUGUUCAGUUUACGUUGUAUGAUAAAGUUGGCAAGCGUCGGUGCAUGGCUCGGAGGAACCAUCUACGCACUAAAAAGGCUAACAGAUAACCCAGAAGUCCUUGCUAACUUGGUUGAGUCCACGUUCCCUGGUGGCAUUUCGGUUAUUCGCGUUGAGUUUGGAUCAAUUAAAUUGCAGCUUCGUGCUCGAGACCUGCUUGCAAUGGAAGAAUUACGGAAAAGGUAUGAGUCAGGUCAAUUGACAAAAGAUCUACAAAAAUCCAUCAUCACAGAAGAUUUAAAAAAUCGAGCAAAUGGUGAACCUGUUGGGUUUACCGUAGAGAUGGAUGAGGACGAAUACUUCUUAGCACGUCAAUACCUGUGCGAUAACCAAGAAACAAACGACGAUACGUUAUGCAAGACAGCAAAGACAGUAAGAAAGGAAGAAGAAGACAACUUGAAUGAAGAUAGCACAGACAAGACUGUUUCUCUGGAGGAAGAAGAAGACAACUUGGAUGAAGAAAACGCAGACAAGACUGUUUCUCCGGAGAAAGAAGAAGACGACUUGGAUGAAGAAAGCACAGACAAGAAUGUUUCUCCGGAUAAAGAAGAAGACGACUUGGAUGAAGAAAACGCAGCUAAGAAUGUUUCUCUGGAGGAAGAAAAAGACAGCUUGAAUGAAGAUAGUAAAAUGCAAACAAUGAGGAAUACUGAAAUUCAGCAUAGGCACUUCAUGGGCACUUCAUACAUGUAUGAUGUUCUUGACGACAGCAGUAAACCAACGAAUGUACAAGCUGAUGAACCAGGUCCGAUUGUUUUGGUCACAGGACGACAAAAGAAUGCACGAGCUGAUGAACCAGGUCCGAUUGUUUUGGUCACAGGACGACAAAAGAAUGCACAAGAAUAUGCAGAAAACCUGAAGUCAUCCAUUAAACAAGAAACCGAUUUUCUGCUGUCAGAAGAAGAGGACAAUACAAUUAGAACCGAUGACAUCUUUACGAAUGUGACUAUCCAACGCGGUCCAAAACACUUCAAGGAACCCAAAGAAAGGAGAUUUGGCAGCAGGGAAUUGGAUGAAAUUCAAGCGGGUAGUACGAAACUCACGAACUGUUGUCAUAAGCUGAUACGGGAUUGGCCGCAUAACCGAUUGUUUGAGGAAGGUCAAGAAAAUGUCAAAGUACCUGAUUUUCAUCCUGCGUCUUCAGUACAGACAUCUGUCGGCAUGCGGUUGGAUGAAAAUCAAGCAAGUAGUACCCCACCUCUUCCCCUAGUUCAUCCAAUCCAAGAAACGAAUGUAUAUCUUCCUUUUGUUGAGCAACCAGAUUGUUUGUAUCGUCAAGGUCUGGAAAUACCAGAACCAGUAAAGUCAGAAGACCAAAUGAAACGGCACAGAUUUUCGUCUUUACGAAGAACACUAGGAUAUACAAAAGAAUUCCAGUCAUCCUUGAGACAAUCGCAACAAAUCGGUUUUCUGUCAAAGGAAAAAUACAAGAAACACAAUACUCUUUACGAGUGUUACUAUCCAACGCGGUCCAAAACACUUCCAAGAACCCAAAUGAAAGGUAUUUGGCAGGAGGACAUUCAUGCGCCUGUACUUCAUUGGCCCCAUCUACCAGAACCAGAAAAGUUGAACGGCGACGAAUUAAAAAUGAAAAGUAAGUCUGAUUUGUCUUCUACACAUCUGGCGUUUUGUCGAUUAACUCAAGAGACCCUUCCACUCAACUAUAACUUUAUUCGUACCAUCCUUUAGAAUUGUAUUUAUUUCAUAUUAUUUCAAUUAUUUUUAUUAUUCCAAUGGCGGACAUAUUUUUAUUUUUCGAUGAUCAAUUGCAUUGACGCCAUUUCUACGCCAYUAUUUUAGAUCAGGUGGUUGUAAUUCCUGUCCCUAACUUAUCCUACACUCUUUUUUUAAAUGGGGCAUAAACCUAGGCGAUAUAGGGCGACGUA